CAUGGGAGGUGCCACCUAAGCCAAUGAACAUCAUAGCACUGUCAUCAAUACUAGAUAAUACAGAGCACCUGAAGUAAUCUUGAGAUGCGAUGCCUGGGAUACCUCAAGUGACAUUUGGAGUCUAGCAUGUCUUAUUGUUGAAUUAUAUACGGGUAUAUAGUCAAAACAAAAAACCAUAUAGGAUCCGUAUUUAUUAAAGUAGGAAACAAUGAUUUAAUGCACUUGGCAAUAAUCCAAUCCAUUUUUGGGCCAAUACCAAGAUGGAUGAAAGAGAGGUCCAAAAUCAAAACCAAUCUUAAUUCUCUCCCUAAACCAAAGCCAUAAUAAUAAUUGGGUUAGUUAAUAUUGGAUCAAGAUCUCCUUGAUUUACUAACAAAAAUGUUCUGUAUUGAUCAUAAUCAAAGAAUAGAUUGU